GAUAAGAAUAAAAGUUCUUGAUUUUCUUGUUAUCAACAACUUUUACAUUUAACUUUUUUUGAUAGGACGAGUAUUUACGCCGCAAAUCGCCAAAAACCGCAGCGAACGCCUUUAAACCCCCACCCCUCUUCACCGGCAAACAUUCAGGUGUUGGAUUUUUUACCCAACAUUUGUAACCCCUUUAUCGACCUUUUUCCGCUGAGUUUGCCCUGUAACGAAUUUUUUUUAAAAUUCACUAAUACAUUUCAUUUAGUACUCUUGGUCUAUUAUUUAAAAAUACAUAUUGCUCAUAUUGCGUAAUGUGAUGUUCUUCAGGUUUAUCGUAUGCAUCAAUUGGUUAAUAAAGGGGAUAGCCUUAACAAGAACAUGACUGCUGUGAUAAAAAGCUAUAUCUCACGUGAUUUAGCUGUGAUGUACGUUCCGUCCAAACAAGGUAAAGGAGAAAACAGCAAAUUGGUAUUUAAAGAUACUAGUUUUUAUCAAUGCAUACAAGAAGUAAUGCGAAAAAAAAUGAAAAAUACGUCAGGAGGCGAUCUUAGUGACAAAGAUAUUUUAACCUCCAUGUCUGCUACCAUCCGGAAUGCUCGUGACUGGGAUGGAUUCCGAUUUCUAAGGACGCAAAAGAUUGAAAAACCUGCUAAAAACAUAGAACCUACAUAAUGACUGACGAGCUUCUUUACAUAAUUUAUUUAAUAAUAAUUUUUUUUUUUUAAUUUAUGUA